CGUUACCCCAGUUCUCAGUUGGAGCGAGAGGUGUCAGCCGAAGCAUGUCGCCGUCGUCUCAAACCCACUGACAGCGGCGAGAGAGGGAGUUUGCACUGGAGCAGAAUUUGGCCUCUGCUUGCGGUACCUCUCCAUCGGCUGUGUGAGUCAUAUUGGAUCAGCAGCCUUAUCCUAUCCGGAGGAGGGAGAGAGAGAGAGACCCACCGGUGACUGAUCCUGGCACGCUGCAACGAGAUCACAUUGCCGUUGAGUGGAGCAUAUUAUAACUGAACCGACUACAUUGUCCCGGGGACGCUGUCAGACAGAAAGUGAACUCCGUGCUGAAUUCCAGAAGCUUGGCUUCGAGCAGGACACAAUGGGUGUUCUGAUGUCCAAAAAGCAGACGGUGGAACAGGUACAGAAAGCCAGCGUGGUGGUGUCGGCCUUCAAGGACGGGCUGCGGGACAAGCGGGUGAGCCGGACCAGGGCCGAGCCUCCUCCAGGCAAGGUGCUUGUGGUGGAGGAGACCGGCCAAGGCCAGGACAAGGAGGCAGCCGGGGCCAGCCCCAGCCAACCCAGCAGCGAGGAGGCAAAGAGGAACCAGGAGGCUUGGGAGAGGCUGAGGGAUGGCAAGGGCAUCGAGCCCGAGGAGCUGGAGUGGAGUAAUCUUGGCACCCCGCCAUCUUACAUCAGGCCCAAGAGGCAACUAGGAGAUGACCAAUCACUUGAUAUCAAACUGCAGGAGCGUGAGGAGGUGACCAGCGACGAGAUGUGUGAAAUCUGCGAGGUGUGGACGGCCGACGAGCUAUACCCCUGCCGGACCUGCACCCGGGUCUUCCACGACGGCUGCCUGCAACGGGUGGCCCAGCUCGGCCCCGGCGGCAUCGAGGAGCUGAAGGAGACGGCGCACACGGCUGUGGGCUGGAGUUGCCAGUACUGUGAUAACGUGAACCUGCUGUUGACCGAGGAGGAAAUGUUCAGCCUGAAGGAAGUCUUCCGUCAAUGCAGGGUCAUCCCAGAGUCCUGCCUCACCUCGGACGAUUUCCUCCAUUUCAAGCACUUUGUCCACAAGCAGCUCUUUGAUGAGCAGAUGAACGAGGAGAUGGAGGAGCUGGCUGUGGCCCAGUUCACAGCCCUGGAUGGCGACAAGAAGGGCCAGAUGGAGUGGACAGACUUUCUGUACCAUGAGACCCUGCUGCUGCUACAGAGAACCCGCUCACAGAACUCCCUCCUGCGCCUCCUGACUGCCAAGGAACGCGAGCGGGCUCGCAGCAUCUUCCGGAGCCUGGAUCAGAACCAGGAUGGCCUGAUCACAGCUGCCGAGUGUAAGAGAGCCCAGCAAUCCUGGUUCCGCAAGAACACCAAGGCUUCGCAGUCCUGCAGUGUCAGUAUCAGCCACGUCGAACCCAUGUCGGAGGGAAGCCCAGCAAAUAAAGGACGCGGGAGAGUCCAGGACAAGUCCCUGCUCUGCAAGGGCCCAGAGGAGAGCAGGCCCGUCAACUGGAAAUCCUUCCUCAAGGAAAGUGCCAUCUACGUGCUGGCUGCCCGGCCCAACAGUGCAGCUAUUCACCUCCAGCCCCCGGCCUAAACCGGGGGAGCUCGCUCUGAAGGCUGAACCCUCACUCCUUACCUUAACCAUUCCCUGAGCCCCUCAACCCUACACUCCCUCACUCACCUCUUCAACCCUUCUCUCAGCUCCUCAUCUCCUUACCUAACCCCUCUUCCACCUCAUUCCAUCCCCAGCUUCACCCUUCCACCACCAAUUCACUUACCCACUCUCCCUACUGCUCCCUCAGCCCCUCACCUUUGCCCUUCCUCCCCAUCUCCAUUCCCUCCGUGCUCCCCUUCCCCUUCCCUACUCCCCAUCCUAAUUACAUUUACUCUCAUGAUAAUCCCUACCCCUCCCUCUCCCACUACUCCACCUCCCCUGCCCCACAAUCUCCAACCCUUCAUCCUCCCUCACCAACCCUAUCCCUUCCCCAUUACUCUCCCACACGCACCUUCCCUAUCUCCUCCUCACUGGCAGCCCCUCCCAGUUCGCCCCCCCUCCCCACUCCUCUCCUGCCCUGCGUUCCCCACACACUGGCGGUGCAGGGAGGGGACACAAGCGACGGUGGAAAGAGACACUUGUGGUGACCUUUGCCCCUCAACCCUCCGGAUAUGGGGCUGAGGAGGGAGUGGACAGUCUGAGGUUAUUGGCCAGUCAUCCUCCCUUUCCUCAGCCUCACUGAACAUUACUGCCUCAGUUAUUCUGCUGUGAGUCAGUCACAAACUCAAUACCUGACAUUACAGGGCCUUUUGGGGCAGGUCCCAACUGACAGCACACAGCCCCUCCCUCUGUGAGAAACCCUCAGCAUUUAUUAACCUGUCUUGAUACAGAAGCCCCCCCCCCGCCACCCUCUGCCCACUCACUGAUUCCCCCUCCACACCCAAUGGACACUCUCCCCCCACCCACUGAAUCUCCUCCCACAGCCCACAGACACUCCCCCACCCACUGAAUCCCUUCCCACAACCCCAUGGACACUCCCCCUCCCACUGAAUCCUCUCCCACAACCCCAUGGACACUCUCCCCCCACCCACUGAAUCCCUUCCCACAACCCCAUGGGCACUCUCCCCCCACCCACUGAAUCCCUUCCCACACCCCAUGGGCACUCCCCCACCCACUGAAACCCCUCACACACCCCACCGACUCUCUCCCCCCACCCACUGAAUCCCUUCCCACACCCCAUGGGCACUCCCCCACCCACUGAAACCCCUCACACACCCCACCGACUCUCUCCCCCACCCACUGAAUCUCCUCACACACCCCACCAACUCUCUCCCCCACCCACUGAAUCCCCUCACACACCCCAUGGGCACUCCCCAACCCACUGAAUCCCCUCACACACCCCACCAACUCUCUCCCCCAGCCACUGAAUCCCCUCACACACCCCAUGGGCACUCCCCCACCCACUGAAUCCCCUCCCACACCCCAUGGGCACUCCCCCUCCCACUGAAUCCCCUCACACACCCCACCGACUCUCUCCCCCACCCACUGAAUCCCCUCACACACCCCACCGACUCUCUCCCCACCCACUGAAUCCCCUCACACACCCCACCGACUCUCUCCCCCACCCACUGAAUCUAAAUCCCUCCUCCACCAGUAACUCCCCAGAAGUGUUAUCCUCUGUAAUUUUCCCAGGUAAUUUUGACCCCCCACCCCCCCAGUAUACCUAGCCAGUGAAAUAAAUCAGGGAAUGGUAAAGAUUCAAUGGGCCAAGUAGCCUCAGUCUCUGCGAUUCAAAUGCCUGGAGACCCUGGUGCCUUGACGAAGUGUUGGUCCUGCCUUGCGUGCGUUGUGCCACAUGUUGUCGUGUAAUGACAGUGGUGGGCGAGACUCGGCUGCCAGGUGGCGGGAGCAGUGCCCAUGAGCGAGUGUGCUGGAAUAGAAAAAUACACAAAAUGCUGAAGAAACUCAGCAGGUCAGCUGGCAUUUGUAGAAAUGAAUAAACAGUCGACAUUUUGGGCUGAGACCCUUCAUCGAGACUGGAAAGGGAGGGGGAAGACGCCAGAUUAGGA